AAAAGAAAUCCUUCCAUUAAAACUUGUCUCAAUUUCCUGAUAUUGUACAAAUUAAAACUUGUCUCUAUCUCUCUCAUGUUCUGUAAUCCCUAAAUCCCCAAAUUGGGACAAAUUAGUCUCCCUAUCUCUCUCUCUCUCUCUCUCUCUCACACACCCUUGCUUGUGCUUGGGGAAUGCGUUCUGUGUAGUCAGCAGCUGUAUUGGAAGUGAGUGAGAGAAAUGAGUAACGGUUCUUGGUUACCUGAAGAGGACUUGAAGGUUCUAGAGGAUAAUUUCUUCGAUACUCUUGUUGAUGAUAUGGAUGAUUUUCCCCUUGAAAACAUCGAAACCGCUGAUGAUGAUGAGGAAGAUCGGGUUGCUGGGUUUCAAAACCUCGGGUCUCCUCUACCAUUGGAUGUGCUAACAAGUUUGUACACUCAGUUCACUUGCAAGAAGCAGGCGAGUUCUUCAGAUGUCUCGCCUACUGUUGAUAGCUCCCCUCCUGAUGUCAAAGUCUUGAAGCUAAUUAAGUCUUCAAGCCCAGUCUCAGUUAUCGAGAACACCAAUGGUUCCGCCUUGUCCCAUAACCAAAACAGAAUUCAGAGACUUGGAGCAGAGAUGUCUCAGCAGUUGGUUCCGGAUGAAUCAGAAUCUGAAACUUACCUCUCCUCUGAGAAUUCUGCCAAGAAGAAACGCAAGAAACAGAAGACUCCUGCCCCGAAAUGCACUCAUUGCGAGACAACCAGGACCCCGCAGUGGAGGGAAGGACCCCGUGGACCUAAAACCCUCUGCAAUGCUUGCGGAGUACGGUUCAGAUCAGGCCGUCUUUUUCCAGAAUACCGUCCAGCAUCAAGCCCGACCUUCAUCCCAACUGUACAUUCAAAUAUGCACAGAAAGAUCGUAGAGAUGAGAAGGAAAGGUGAAGGCCAGCUUGAUACCUGAAAGAUCCGUACCGUGACUUCCUGAGCAUAGGAGACUAAAACAGGGCUUUGUAACUUUGGUCUAUGAUAAAAACAAAAUUGUGAGGAUCCGUAGAAUUGGUUAACUCUCUUCUCUUGGAAGACUAAUGUUCUUAACAACUAGGGUUUAGUGUUUGUCUUCUUUUUUUUUUUUAAUAAUCUGAUGCGGAAAGUUUAGGGUUUUUGUUGAAAUUUAGGGUCUUACUUGUUGUUUGGCUGACAUCUAUUUUUAAUCAGAGUAGGGUAAUGCACCUUAGGCUCGGGUUCGUAUCUCCUCACAAAAAAAGAGGACUUAUUAACCCUUUGGUCGGUCGCUGGCGUGAGGGGAUUACGGGUCUAUUGCCAGAGCCUCUCGGAUAAGAGUGAUGUUUAAUGCCA